GCAUGCGCACCACCUAAUUUUCUUCGGCGCCAUCCCGGUCUGAAACAAUCAAUCACAUUAUCUGGAUAAUUAAGCAAAAUACAUCUGGAUAAACAUGAGCCAGCUUGGAGGAUUCAACAUUGAGGACAUGAUUAAUGUUACACCGCCGAAGGGAGGUGGAGAAAUGCAGGAGCCAAAAGCUGAACAACUGAUGGGCAAGCUAAGGAGACUGCAACAAGGAAAGAAAUCUUUAGAAGGGGAAAUACAAGAGCUCCAGUCUGUCAGUGAUUCUCUGAGGAAGGAGUUGGAGAAUUUACACACGGAAGUCUACCAGCUGGAGGAGAUCCAUAAAGAGAAAGAAGAGGUGUGCAGGAAGCUGCAGUUCCAGUGUGAAGAGACGGAGCAAGACUCUGACAGACAGUUAAAUCAGAACAAGAAAAGUGAGGAGCUGCUGGAACAGUACAGAUGUGAAAUCCAGGAACUGAAGCUUAAACACCGGAAGCAGCGGAUGAGAUUUGAAAAACAGCUUCUCCAACUGAUAGAUGAGCACAAGAAUCUGCACUCUGUCUUUGCUCCAGAGAGACUUCCAGAUGAGCUGGAGAGUGCUGAGGUGAUAAACGCACAGCUGUUAUCAGCUGAACAGCUUAAGUUGGUGCAGCUGCACGACCUCAACGAGGCGCUAGAAGAGUUGAAGAAAAAGAAGCAGUCAGACUCAGCGGAGUCUGGAGAGACUCAGGAGGAGUAAAACUACAUGCUCAGGUGUACUUUUAAAAACACAUAAAGGUAAUAGUCUACUGUUUUAUUCUCAGCUAGAUGCAGUUUUAUCAUUAUUUUUUUUUGUCACGGAAAAAAACUCUCAAAUAUCCAGCUUCUGUGUUGUGCGACGUUUUCUGGAUCCUGCAAAUGUAAACAAAACCUGCACCAAAGAAGGUUUAGCCCUCUACUGUAUCCUCAUACUUUUUGAUGUCUUUAUAUCACCUGUUCUGUGAGGCAUCGGCUACUUGUUGAGAUCCAGCCUGUUGCUGGAAAGUGUUCUGCGAGUUGCUAGUGUUAGUGUCAAGUACUGUUCCACGUUCAUCUUAUUAAUGUAUGGCAUGUGUGUCAGCAUACGAAAUGAUAAAAUGUUUUAACUGUUGAGA